UAAAUCAACAGGACGAUGAAGGGAACUGCUCGCCAGUAGGAGUAGGACUGCAACAAGAACGUCGAAGUGUUUGAUGCAUCGUCAUGGCUCGCUCCAACGCUUACUCCCUAGUGCUGCUGCUGCUCUAUUGCUACGUUUCGUCAGGUGCAGCUGAAGCGGCGGCGUACAAUGUCGCCGGUUUCGGAGCGAAGCCUGGCGGCCGGACGGACUCGUCCGGCGCGUUCGCCAGUGCCUGGUCCGCCGCUUGCCGAUCACAGGAGCCGGCCACCGUGUACGUGCCGAACGGGCACUUCCUGCUCAGCCGUGCGGCCUUCACCGGCCCAUGCUCCAGCAGCAGGGUGACGCUUCAGGUCGAUGGUACGCUUGUUGCGCCAUCAGGCUACACCAGCCGUGGCGGCAGCUCUGGCGGGGACGACGACGGCUGGAUCGUGUUCGACCACGUCGACGGCCUCACCGUGUCGGGCGGCACCGUCGACGGCCGCGGCGAGGCGCUGUGGGCGUGCAAGGCAGCCGGGCACAGCGGCUGCCCCAGCGGAGCGACAUCGCUGAAGGUGCUGAACUCGAGGGACGUGGUGAUCAGCGGCCUGACCUCGGUCGACAGCGAGCUGUACCACGUCGUGAUCAACGGCUGCGAGGGCGUCACGGUGCAGGACGUACAGAUCGUCGCGCCGGGAAGCAGCCCCAACACGGACGGGAUCCACGUGCAGGGCUCGUCCCAGGUCACGGUCACCCGGACCGGCAUCCAGACCGGGGACGACUGCGUCUCGGUCGGCCCCGGCACCAGCAACCUGCGCGUCGAGCACGUCAGCUGCGGCCCGGGCCAUGGCAUAAGCAUAGGGAGCCUGGGGAAGGAGAGCGAGGAGAGUGGCGUGGAGAACGUGACGGUGACGGGGGCCGCCUUCGUCGGCACCGAGAACGGGCUGCGGAUCAAGACGUGGGCGCGGGCCAAGGUGGAGGGCGCGUACGUGCGCGGCGUCGCCUUCGAGCACGCGCUCAUGCACGACGUGCGCAACCCCAUCAUCAUCGACCAGAGCUACUGCCCCAACCACGGCCGCGGCGCGGGCUGCCCCCAUCAGAGCUCGGCCGUGAAGAUCAGCGACGUGAGGUACACGGACAUCCAGGGGACGUCGGCGUCCAAGGUGGCGGUGAAGUUCGACUGCAGCGCGAGCAACCCGUGCAGCGGGAUCGGCCUCAAGGACAUCAAGCUCACCUUGGACGGCGGAAAGCCGGCAGAGGCGACCUGCCAGCACGCGGACGGCAGGGCUUCCGGCGAAGUCGAGCCUCCAAGUUGCCUGUAGCGCGGUUACAAAUUAAUAAGGGCUCGUUUGGUUAAUUCCCAAUCCAAAGGGAUCAAUAUUCAAUCCUGAUCCGUUUGGACUGAGGAUUAACCGAGCAAGCACUAAAUGGUGUGGAAUGGACACUUGGAUUAUGUGCUCUAUUCUGCUGUAAUAACAGUUGGCCCGUGUUCAACUGUGUAACUAAUAGUAGGUCAUCAAUGGGAGAAUAGAACCAAUA